AUGGCCACAAGUGAUCACCGUUAUUCUGUUUUCGUUGGCAACUUGCCACCGAAUACUAUUCAGGGACAUUUCGACACCAUAUUUUCAGGUUGUAAUAUAGCUAGUGUAAGACUAGUAAGAGACAAGCAGACAGAUGAGUUUAAGAGAUAUGCUUACGUUGACUUCAAAGAUGAAGAGUCUCUGAGAAAUGCCUUAUCCAUGGAUGGUGCGACUCUUGAAAAUCACUGUCUGAGGGUCAAUCUGGCGCACGAAAAACCUGGACGUGGUGGAGGUCAAGGCCAUGGGGGGCAGUUUGGCAUGAACAAUGGUUAUGGACGGGGCGGCUUUGGUAACCAUCCACGUGGCAGACCCAGCAUGGGUGGUGGUAGAACAGAAGGUUUCGGUCGACCAGGUCGAGGUGGAUUUGGAGGCCGCAGGGGAUUUGGAAGUCAAAGACAGAGUUAUCAUCCGCCUGGACUUUCGCGUGAACAACCACAAGAAUCAAAUCAAACAAAUCCACAGUUAAGAUGUGGCGAAAUAAGCGCUGAUAAUUCAAACACAGAACGACCGCGACUAAAUCUUAAACCUAGAACUGCCCCCGUAAACACAAAUGAUAAUAGGCAGUUAUCAGAACGCGCCCGCGCAAUAUUCGGUACUGGACGUCCCAGAGAAGCUAGUCCGCUCCGUGCACAAGGCAGUAGCAAAGGACCUGACUCAGAAGAAAGUGUCACCAGUUCUGGUUAA